AUGAGCGAUUCCAGUGAAGACGACAAUUUUUUAACUCCUCCAGAGUUAGUUGAAACUGUUAAAAAUGCUGAACUAAGUUUCUUGCCUAGUAAAUCUCGUGAAAAGUACCUGAAAGUCUACGAACAUUUUGACAAAUGGAGGCACGAAAAGGGCGCAGGAAACAUUAUGUCGGAAACUGUGCUUUUGUCUUAUUUCAUUGAAAUGUCGCAUACAAAACAGCCGUCAACGAUGUGGAGUAUAUAUUCGAUGUUGAAAGCUACAUUACAAACUAAAAAUAACGUCCAUAUAAACACUUACGCAAAGCUGAUUGCGUUUUUGAAAAGAUCGGCCGUCGGCCACAAAUCAAAAAAAUCGAAAGUUUUCACGGCUGCUAAUAUUGAAAAAUUUCUUAAUGAAGCUCCAGAUUGCACUUUCCUAGCCGCAAAAGUCAUCCUUAUCAUUGGAAUAAACGGAGCAUGCCGCUCCAACGAGUUAUUGAAUCUAACUCCUAAUGCCAUUGAACAACAUUCCAGCGACCUUCUUUUGAUUAACCUGCCAAAUACGAAAACAAAUAUAGACAGGUCGUUCGUCGUCCGUGAGGAAUACGCACACGUUGUCCAGAAAUAUAAAGCAUUGCGCCCUCCCAAUACGAUCACAGACCGCUUUUUCAUACAAUAUCCUAAUGGAAAAUGUACGCGGCAACCGAUGGGUAUUAAUAAAAUAGGAGCGACUGCACGAGAAAUCGCAACAUUUUUAGAUUUGAAAGAGCCGCAGCUAUACACUGGCCACUGCUUCAGGCGAACAUCAGCCACUCUUUUGGCAGAUGGAGGAGCUGACCUCACAACGUUGAAGCGCCAUGGCGGUUGGAGAUCAAAUACAGUGGCUGAAGGAUAUAUCGAAGAUUCAAUAGAAAAUAAAUCAAAAAUCUGUAAACUUCGCAUUCUUGGGCACAACCUAGCACCUCCAGUGAUGCGAAUCAUACCCAAACCCGCCCAGAAUCACCAACUUUUACGGUGCGGGAAGGGUCACAAUCCAGCUCAACUCAUAAUGAAACCUCGACCACUACUCAAGUAG